AUGUCUUUAACAUUAUACAUUGUUCGACAUGGAGAAAGGCUUGAUCAAGUUGAUCCUACUUUUGCUUAUACCUCUCCUUCACCUUACGACCCACCCCUUACUGAUAUAGGCAAAAAACAAGCCAAUAAAUCAGGCUCAUACAUUCACGAUUUACAACUUGAAAAUGUGGAAAAUCAAAAUAAUAAAUUGGAAUACAUAAUAAUCACAAGCCCUUUCCUAAGAACAACCGACACCGCGAUUGGUAUAGCAGAAGGAAUAGCAGCCGGUUCUAAAAAAUCUGAUGCCGCUGAAAAUAUUAAAAGACCUUUUGAUAUUAAAUUAUGCAUAGAUCCUUCAUUAUCUGAAUGGCAUACAAGUAUUUAUUUCUCAAAUGCUGUACCUAAUAGUAUCGUUACCUUACGAUUUGACGAAUUACACCAAUCAUUUAAAAAUGAAGAACAAAAAGAACAAAAAUCAUUUGAAGUCGAUUGGAGUUAUAAACCAGUUUCUUCCGAAUUACCAAAAUAUCCUGAGGGAAUACAAGAUGUAUUAACAAGGUGUACCUCGUCCAUGGAACAUAUUCUUGAACCUUAUGUUAAAGACAUAUCAUUAAAUAAUAACAAAGAUAAAGAUAUUAUUUUGAUUAUUGUGACUCAUGGUUGGUGUUUUAAUGUGAUUCAAGAAGCAUGUGCUAAAACUUCAAAUUGGAAAAAUGCUGAAUAUUGUGCUGUUACUCGAGCUCGAUGGAUACCUAAAUCAGAAAAUGAUAAUAAUGCUGUCCAAAUCAUUAUUACUGAAGAUGAAGAUGAUAAUAAAAAUGUAAGACACGAUAAACCAAAACUUGAAGCUUUAACUAAAUACGGUGAAUUCGAUUUAGAUAUUAUUUCUACAACAAACCAUCUAAAAGGAUUGUCAGCGAAUGAGUAG